AUGUUACCCUAGAAAAGCUUGGAAAAGAAUAAAUAAUAGAAAUACAUUCUUAAUUCACCUAAAUUAUCUGUUGGAAUGUUUUCAAAUUAACCAUCCUUAAUUUCUCAAUUAAUUUCAACCAAAAUCAAAGCUAAAUAAUAAUAAUUAAGCAUAUCAAGGACCACAUGUGAAUUUAGAGCUGUAACUCCGAUUUCACCUCCAAAAUCUGGGCCUUAUUCUCAUAAAUUUAAUUAUAAUAGUCUUUCUUAACUCUCAAGGGUUAAUAGCAAUGGCAAUUUGGAUAAUAUUCAGUAGGAAUUUAAUAAACAAGAUGAGACUAUUCAUGAAUAAGGAGAUGUUAGUAUAAGAUUAAGAAAUAAUGAAGAAGAUGUAUUAUAGAAAGUGUAAAAAAAUCUAAAACUUAUUGGAGAAUAAAUCUAUAAAAAGAAAUCUAAUUAAAUUAAUUCUUUUUUAUUACUUUCAUGGCAAAAACAAUUAAAUUAAAAUUGUGAAAAACUUAUUAAAGCUCUUUCUUUACAAUUGAAUUCUUCUUAAAAUUUUUAUAAACCUUCUCAACAUCGUGAAUCUAUCAUCUAAUUAUAAAAAUAACUUAAUGAAGAAAAAAAGAAUAGAUUACUUGUUGAAGAACAAACUAGUAAAAUUAUUUAGAGCUAAGAAUAAUAAAUUAAAUAAUAUGUAAACUUUCUACAAUAAUGUAGAUUAUGAACAUUCAAUUGCUUGAAAAAGAACUUAGCCUUUAGCAAUGA